AUGCCUGAACUUACUGAAUUGGACAAAGCAACAGCAUCUAUGACCGAGAAACGCAAGGAAGAGACUGCCUCCUCUGACAGUGAUUCUGAUGAUACUAUUCCCGAACUGGAGGAUGCAGGAGCACCAGGAGCUGGUGGGAUAACUAACCCAAUAGCUGGAAUUGAUAUUGUUUCGAAGGCUAAGCAAUCACGAGGGGAAAAGAAGGCACGCAAGAUCAUGAGCAAGCUUGGUUUGAAGCCUGUACAAGGUGUAAGCAGGGUUACAAUCAGGAAAUCAAAGAACAUUUUGUUUGUGAUCAACUCACCGGAUGUGUACAAAAACCCACAUUCUGACACCUACAUAGUGUUUGGGGAAGCCAAAAUUGAAGAUCUGUCACAGCAGGCAACCAUGGCCGCUGCUGAGAGGUUCAAGGCUCCAGAAACAGCUGCUUCUGGAAAUGAUGCUACUGCUACAGGCACAACGGUUGCACCGAUAGCAGAAGAAGAAGAUGAGGAGGGUGUGGAUGAAUCGGGAGUAGAUGAAAAGGAUGUAGAAAUUGUAAUGAUCCAAGCCAAUGUAUCAAGGGCGCGGGCGGUUCGUGCAUUACGCAAUAACCAAUCAGAUAUUGUCAACGCUAUCAUGGAGCUGACAAUG